AUGGGGCAAGUGGACAUCCUGGUAAGGUUUCAGGACGCGAAGCUGUGGGCAGGCCGCGGACGGGGUGUGGAGUGCUCCGCCGCCUGGACCAUACGAGAAGCGCUUACCUGCCAGGACCCGGGAUGCGCGGCGCGCACCCCUGCCAGGACCUGGGGCCGGGAGCGCAGCGGCCGGGAACCCCGAGCGCCGAGCACACCGCUGCCAGGACCCGGCGCGCGGCGCCCUGCCGUCCCCGCCCCGCGCGGCCCCGUCGCCAUCCUGGUCUUGGCCCUCGGCUUUCCGGUUACGGUCUCCAUCCUCUUCCCUGCAGUCUGCCGCGUCCCCGGCCUCGCCCGCCCUCCGGCCGCGCCCUCCCCGAGGGCCCCCGCCGCCGCAGCCCUGGCGCUCCCCGCGGGCCCCGCCGAGGCCUCCUGCGCCCUGUGCCAGCGCGCGCCCCGAGAGCCGGUGCGCGCCGACUGUGGCCACCGCUUCUGCCGGGCGUGCGUGGUGCGCUUCUGGGCCGAGGACGACGGGCCCUUCCCGUGCCCCGAGUGCGCGGACGACUGCUGGCAGCGCGCCGUGGAGCCAGGCCGCCCGCCGCUCAGCCGCCGGCUGCUGGCGCUCGAGGAGGCGGCCGCUGCGCCCGCGCGUGACGGCCCGGCGUCCGAGGCGGCACUGCAGCUGCUGUGCCGCGCCGACGGGGGUCCGCUGUGCGCCGCCUGCCGCAUGGCCGCGGGCCCCGAGCCGCCGGAGUGGGAGCCGCGCUGGAGGAAGGCGCUGCGCGGCAAGGAGAACAAGGGGUCUGUGGAGAUCAUGAGAAAGGACCUGAAGGACGCACGGGACCUGCAUGGCCAGGCGGAGUCUGCCGCCGCCGUGUGGAAGGGACACGUGAUGGACCGCAGGAAGAAGGCCCUGACCGACUACAGGAAGCUGCGGGCCUUCUUUGCUGAGGAGGAAGAGCGCUUUCUGCAGGAGGCGGAGAAAGAGGAGGGGUCCCUGGAGGAUGAGGACGCUGACCCUGCAGACCGCUUCGGGUCGCUGCUACAGGUGGUGUCCGAGCUGGAGAGGAGGCACCGCAGCCUGGGUCUCAGCAUGCUGCUGCAGUGAUGUCCUGCUCCCCGCGCCGGCUCCAGGCCCUAGAAGAUGUGUCCACCCUGGCCUGGCCCCCAGCUGCUCCUCCGUUGCCGCCUUCUAGACACGCAGCGCGCUCCACCCAUGAGGGUUUGCACCUAGGUGCCCACGCGGGACACAGACCACCGGUGCCCGCCUCGGGUUGUUCAAGACUGUGUCCCUCAGCAGUGUCCCUGUCCCCUUCUCUGGGUGUCCGUGUCCCCCAGGUUGUAAACGUUUUACCAUAGAGAACUGUAGCAGGGGUGUGCUCAGCCCCAGUGUGUCACGAUUCUGCAUAAAGCUCUUACUGCUGCCA